AAUUGCAAUGAAGUUAAAACAUUUAAAUUUCCUAAUUUUUAUUCUCUUCGUUUACAUCUAUCAAACAUUUUGCCUUAUUCCGAUAAGAUGGCAUCGACGAGAUCCUGUUAGUUUAUCUAAAAGACUUUCAGUAUAUGGUAAAAAACAAAUGGAAUAUGGCCUAACAAAAUAUAAAUGGAAUGAAGAAUUUUAUGAAGAAAUGCCUGUUGAUCAUUUUUCGUUUAAUGAUCCGAGAAAAUUUAAAUUGAGAUAUUUGAUAAAUACAGACAAUUUUAAAGAGAAGAAUGCUCCAAUUUUCUUUUACACAGGAAAUGAAGGAUCUAUUGAAGGGUUUGCUGAGAAUACUGGUUUUAUGUGGGAUAUUGCACCAGAAUUUGGAGCUGCAAUAGUUUUUGCCGAGCACCGCUAUUAUGGCAAGAGUUACCCAUUUGGAAAUGAUUCUUAUUCAAGUGUCUCCAAUUUGGGCUAUUUGAGCUCAGAACAAGCUCUUGCAGAUUUUGCUGUUAUUAUUACCUAUCUUAAAGAAGUUCGACUUCCUCAUGCCAAAAAAUCACCAGUAAUUGCUUUUGGAGGUUCUUAUGGGGGAAUGUUAACUGCUUGGAUGCGUAUUAAGUAUCCUCAUAUAAUUGACGGAGGAAUUGCAGCUAGUGCCCCAGUUUUUUGGUUUGGAAAUGUUCCUGCGCCUCCAGAACAUUCAUUCGAUGAUAUUGUUACUCGAACAUUUAUUAAUAGUGGAUGUACUUUGCAAUCACUUUCGUCUAGUUUUGAAACUAUCCGAAAAAUGGCCGAUAGCUCAAAUGGAAGAAAGUUUUUAAAUGAACAAUUCCAUCUCUCAUCUGAUUCCCAAGUUAAGAACGCUAAUGAUGGGGAAGAAUUAAUUUAUGCUAUCCAAUCUGUCCUCGAGACAAUGGCAAUGGUUGAUUAUCCUUACCCUUCCAAUUUUUUAGCUCCUUUGCCAGCUUGGCCAGUAAAAGUUGCUUGUAAAGCAUUUAUUUCUGCUCAGAAUCCGGAGCAGAGUGCAUUAGCCUCAUAUAAAGCUGUCAAUUUAUUUUACAAUUAUACUGGCUCGGAGAAAACUCUCUGCCUUUUGGGCGGUGCCUGCGGAGAUCCUUUUAGUGCUCUUGGUGAUCCUGAUGGCUGGCCCUGGCAGGCCUGUACAGAAAUGAUUAUGCCUAUGUGUAGUAGAGGCCCUCCUUUUGACCCAUUUAAUAAAAGCUGUCCAUUCCGUGAUCAACAAUAUAUAAAAUAUUGUCUUGGCCAUUUUUCUAAAAUUGGUUACAAUAAAGACCUUUUCCGUCCAAAUUGGGCAAUUACUAAUUAUGGAGUUGAGUUUCCGACAGCUACAAAUAUUGUUUUUUCUAAUGGAUGGUUAGACCCUUGGUCUGGGGGAGGAUGGAGAUUGACACCAACAUUUGAGGGUUCUCUCUACUCUUUAAUUGUAGAGGAUGGGGCACAUCAUUAUGACCUUCGAGGGGAACAUCCAGACGACACACAAUCUGUCAAAGAAGUACGCCGUCUUGAAAAAAACCACAUUACUCGUUGGAUCAAAGAAGCUCGAGAAAAAUAUAAUCAACAAAAACGAAUAACUAAAGAUCGAAUUCUCUACGCGGAGAUUGCUGAAAAUAUUUUUUAA